GGUCAGAUGAUCGGGUGAGCAGCAAACCAUCCUAUCGCGGAACGUUCCCUCCCAUACGUCACCAUGGCAACCACAGAGCGUCACGCCGACGUGGCCACCAAGUCGUUGACCAACAGAACAGUGGAGACGGACAUGACGUCACUACUCCGCGGAGACAACAUCAGCUCCCUCUUCUCCGGGAGCGUGGGCGGCCUGGAGGGUUUGACCUCGUUCUUGGACGAGAACCUGACCAGCGCCUCCUCUCCCUCGGCGGGAAGUCUCAACCUCACCUGUCUCUUCAACGCCACCUUCAACUCGUCGCUGUGUGACGCUCACGGCAAGAACGAGACGGUGGCGGCAGUCGUGAGCGGACCCCACGUGCUUUGGGUGUCUGUCUUCAUGGGCGUCAUAGCAGGCAUCGUGAGCCUGGUCACCAUCCUGGGCAACAUCACCGUGCUCCUGGCCUUUGGCUUAGAGCGGACAAUCCGGCAGCCCACCAACUACUUCUUGGCUUCCCUGGCCGUGUCGGAUCUGCUCAUAGGAACGUUCUCCAUGCCGCUGUACACACAGUACUACCUCCUGGGAAAGUGGCCGCUGGGACCCUGGCUCUGUGAUCUGUGGCUGUCUCUGGACUGGACCGUGUGUCUGACGUCACAGUAUACCGUCUUCCUGAUCACCAUGGACCGUUUCCUGUCGGUGAAGAUCCCGGCCAAAUACCGCAACUGGCGGACGGAGAGGAAGGUGAUGGUGAUGAUAGCCCUCACCUGGAUAGGACCCGCCAUUAUUUUCUUCACCUCCAUCGUCGGCUGGCAGUAUUUCGUCGGGAAGCGCACGGUGGGCAAGGAAGAGUGCGAGGUGCAGUUUAUGAGUGACGCCAUGUUUACUUUUCUGCUCACCAUCGGCUACUACUGGAUUACUCUGUUCGUCAUGUGUGUCUUGUACGGAGGGAUUUACAAAGUGGCCUUGGACCUACAGAGGAAGUCGGACGCCAAACACAAAAAGAUCCAGUCGACCAUGGAGCUGGCGGCGGACAACGCUCAGAACGCCAUCCGGAGCUUUGGUGAGGGCGGCAGUAACAACAACAGCAGCGGGGGCGGGGACAGCCAGGUGCCGCCCGCCUCCCACAACAACUGCAAGACCAAGUCGAUGAAGACGAGCAGCACCCGGAAGUCUGUGAAGGCGGCGCUGCCGUGCCCUGUGGGGGCCCCGCACGUGAACACCACCAGCUUCACCAGCGCCCAGGACAAGGACGAGGACCGGUCCAGUAGCCCAGCCUUUGCCUCUGACGACGACAACAGCAGCAGUGGGGGCGCCGCGGGGGCGGGAAAGUCUCCCCAGGCCCAGGGGGGAGGGGGAGGGGGCGGCUACUCCAGGAACCAAACCUCUUCCGGCGCGGGUGGCACAGUCAACAACGCGCUGUUCGCCAACACGGGCGGCCUGGUUCGCUCCCUGCACGGUGACCUGUUCUUCCCCUCCGCCGCUCCCCCCGAGCCGCCCCAGUACCUCCUGCAGCCCCCGCCCCCCUACAGCCGCCUCUACCCCCACCCGGGCAGCGAGGUGUCGGGCUCGGACACAGACGGGGGCGGCCUGCAGCACGAGGCGGACAGCGUCUACUCCUCGGCCACCUCGGACCGCCUGGAGAAACAGACGCUGCUACAACAGGACAACAAUAACAGCAGGGUCGCCCACGGCUCCGACAUCAACCGCGGCUGUCGUUUCAUCGACGAGAAGAGUCUGCUGGCGACACUGAACGAGAGCGCCGCGCUCCUCCCCGCGCUCACCGGAGACUCGGAGCUGGACGACUCAGACGUGGCCGACCUGAACGCCUCCUCGCCCAUCUGGAAGCGCCGCUCCUCCCUCCCGCCGCUCGCCUCCGACGUCUUUGACCUGGAUGACGACAUCAGCGAUACGGCCAUCACGACGGACAUGACGACGACCACAACGCUGGCCACCGCCACAGCCACGCCCGUGUCCAACAACAGCAUCAGACAGGGGCCGGAGCACAGCGGCCACCACUCGGGCACGGAUGAUGAGGGGACCCACGGGGGAGGAGGAGGAAGAGGUGGCGCGGACGCUCACGCCAGGGGUGAAGGUGGCGCUUCUGCCGACGGCAAACUCCCCACCACCACCACCAGCAACAACAACCACUGCAACAGCUACAACUACCCCACCGGCCCGCCCUCUGAGACCAACACCACCGAGGACGGCUCUCACCCCGACCCCCACUGCCUGUCCGCGGUGCGCGUGAGGCGGCAAAAAGACACGAGACUGCACGCCUUCGUCAAGUCUGUCCGAUCUCGUAACAGUCGGAGGCGGAACCGGCGAGAGCGGAAGUCCAAGUCGGAGAACCGGGCGAGGAAAGCUCUGCGGACGAUUUCCUUCAUUCUGGGCGCGUUUGUCUUGUGUUGGACGCCUUACCACGUGAACCUCAUGGUGAUGGCUCUAUGCAAAGACUGCAUCAACAUGAGUUUCUACGCGUUCUCCUACUAUCUAUGUUACCUCAACAGUCCCAUCAACCCACUUUGUUAUGCAUUCGCCAACGCUCAGUUCAAGAGAACUUUCUUACGAAUCAUGAAGUUUGACUGGCACAGAACGUGAUCCUGGCCGAUCUCUUAGCAGAAGGACGUGAUAGAUAGCUAGAUAGAUAGAUAGAUAGAUGUAUAGAUAGCUACUCUACAGCCGGUUCUUUCCAUGCACGCACGGACACGCACGCACGCACACACACACGCACACACACACGCACACACACACUCACACACACACGCACACACACACACACACACACACACACACACACAACCACACAAACAAACAAACAACAACAAACGCACCACCAAUAUGAACAAAAGCGCUGGCAAGCAGACAAAGCUGCGGCGCGAACUAGUGUGUCCAGGUUGCGUGCUAAAUGAAACAGUGUGUCCAGAUUUUGCCGGCAGAACGGGUCCGAUGAUGACCCAGAAAAUGUUGCCGCUACCUGUCAGGAGUUACACGGUCCGACUACAGUGACGGUGAGCGUGUCUUCCCUGUGGUGUCCUCGCUGUCCGAUCUACUCAACUGAGAUACCCACUUGACCCCCACCCCCAGACCCUC